CCAAAUCCCCUAUGAACUGGGGACGGGUAUGCUCUUUAUGGUUUUGGGGAGUUUGUGUGCGCCAUCUAUAACACGGUUCAUAGGUAAACAAAUCAGACAAUUUCUCUAUCUAUACGGUGACUUAUUUGUGAAGUAAGGUUGAGAAACUGGGCGAAAUGUAUUUAGAAAAUGAUGGCUAGAGGUGUGUCAAUGAAGCCCUAGUGCGUUGCCAAUAUGGCCAAGCGUUGGUAAGGUGCCAUGGAUCCCAAAAGUGAACCAGUGUUCGCCGUUAGAGAAGUGUCAGUGCACUAAUUCCUUCUAGCCAUCGGGUCAGCAAUUAGGCUAGUAUUGUGAUUCAUAUAAAAAUUCAAUAUGGCAUCCAAUAUGACUGAUCAUAGUGGUUUGAAGAGUGAAAAAUCUCGGGGGAGCAGUAAUGUAAUUAAUGUCACAACCAGCGAGACGAUGAGGCUGGAUGGUGUGGGAGACCGGACCAAUCUUCAUAUCCAGCCUGUGGGUGGGGGUACCGGGGGUGGUGGUGGUCAAGGUUACCAGCAAAAGAAGAAAAAUUCUUCCUUCCAGAUCACUAGUAUUACAUCACGAUUAAGUAAUGAUCCCGGCGAUGAUAGUGCCGACGAUACUGAGGAUAUCUCCGACAUGGGAGAUGUCUCUAGGGUUACGGACUACGAUCAAGAAACGCCUAGUUAUUCUGAAGAUUACUCCAAGACCGAAGAAGUGUUUUUUGGGCCUGCGCCUGUGAUACCCACUAGUUCCCAGUAUGGAAUAACGGCACUUGUUCAGCAGACUGGUACUGGGGGCGUUAUGACCGCCAGGUUACCUCAGGGUGUUACGGUUAAUGUCACAGAAGGGGGCAUUGCCCUAGCUAAGGCUGAUGGUGACUCGGAUGAUGUUGAUCAUUGGCAAAAUAGGUUUAAAAUUGUGAAAAUUGAUAGUAAUGAACCUUUUAAACGCGGAAGGUGGAUCUGUUUAGAUUUCAUGGACUCUCCAGCCGUUUCUGCGACUAGUACGCAGAAGAAGGACGAAAGCAUGACUGUGGUUAUUAAUAGUGUUGGGGAAAAGGAUGACCCUGCAGAUCAUCAGCCUCAGACAGUGUUGCAAGUGCCAGUACCAGUAACGCAGCAGAGCCAAACAACUACUCAGAACCAGUCGCAUCCUGCUACGGCCCAAUAUCAAGUGCCACACUCUUCGCAGGCUGCUGUCCCUAUAGCUUCAUCAGCACAGCCAACCCAAGGUAGUGUCCCAUUGCAGCAGUCAUCGCCUCACAUGACAGCUCCAGCGACUACUCAGGGUCCUGGUAAUAUGCAAUACCCUUCUCAAGGUGCCCCUAUGCAAGGUCAACUACAGCCAACCAUGUCGCAGGGAUAUGCGAAUGCAACGCAGGCACCGCAAGCGUCAGUCCAUCCAUCUCCAUCUGCUCAGACGCCUCCACAGGCCCAACCUCCGUUACAGCCUCAGCUCCAACAGCAGCAGCAACAGACAGCACCUUCACUGCAGCAGGCUACAAUUCAGCAGCCACCUGCAUCACAGUCAGGUGUACAGGCUCCUAUGCAAGCCACUAGUAUUCCACAAGGGGGUGUAACACAGGCUACUGUCCAACAGAGUAUGGUACCUUCCAAUUCCCAUGCUCAGCCACAGCAUCAGCAGCCUGUACCAACCCAGUCAACAAUGGCUCAGCCUUCCAUUAAUACUCAAAGUAUUCCACAGCAGGGGAUGGCUACUCAACCAGUUAGUAUUCCACAGAGUGUUGCUCAACCAAGUGUGAUGGGUCAUGCAGGAAUCCCUGCACAGCUCAUCAGCCUAAUGUAA